UCUGUUCGUGGCGACUUGCCUGGUAGACAUGUACUGCAAGUGUGGCGAGCUUGAGGAGGCUCGCAAGAUUUUCCACUCCAUGGGAACUCGGAGUGUUGUCUCCUACAAUGCGAUCAUCCACGGCUGCGGCUCGAACGGGCAAGCUGAACUUGCUCUGGAGUACUACUCUGCCCUGAGAGCUGAUAACACCAUUCAACCCGACGAUGGGACACAUGUCGCGGUGAUCAGCGCCUGCUCCACACUUGCUACCGAAUCCAGCGAGAAGAGGGAGAGAGCUCUACACAUCGGGAUGCAAGUCCAUUCAGUACUGAGCAAGGAGAAGAAACAUCUAGGUCUGUUCGUGGCGAAUUGCCUGGUAGACAUGUACUGCAAGUGUGGCGAGCUUGAGGAGGCUGCGAUCAUCCAGGGCUGCAACACGAACGGGCGAGCUGAACUUGCUCUGGAGUACUACUCUGCCCUGAGAGCUGAUAACACCAUUCAAGCUGAUGCUUGGACCUACACCUGCGUCCUUGUUGCUUGCGGGAGUGUGAUGGCGAUCAAGCUCGGGAGGGAGAUUCACCAGCUGGCGAAGCAUAAAGGGCUGCUGAAAAACAAUCCAGUUCUGGGCUCCAGCCUGGUGAGCUUCUACGGCAAAUGCGGUGAUGUUGAUUCUGCUCAGGAAGCGUUUGACGAGUGCCGAGCUCGGGACGACACGGGUCUCUGGAACUCUCUCAUACAGGCUUACACUCUCCAGGGCCGAUCGAUCGAGGCCUUGGAGCGUUUCUAUUCCAUGACUCAGGAGGAGGGCUGUAAAGCUGACGAUGUGAGUUUUGUUUCGGUGUUGAACGCUUGCAGCCAUGGUGGUCUGGUCGGGAAAGGAAGGCAGCUUCUGGAUGAAAUGCCCAAGCAGUAUGGAGUCAAGCCACGUCUGGAGCAUUAUGUGUGCUUGAUCGAUAUGCUCGGGCGAGCUAACCUCCUCGACGAAGCUGUGAGAGUUCUCAGAGCCAUGCCUUUUGAACCGGAUGCAGUGGUUUGGACGUCCCUGCUCGGAGCCUGCCGGAAGUGGAAGAAUUACACGAUCGGCAAACUCGCGUUUGAGCGUCUUGUGGAGAUGGAUCCCAAGAGCGGCACGCCCUACGCAUUGAUGGCCAAUAUAUUUGGAAACCUGGGGAUGCUCAGUGAAAGGGCCGCUGUUGUGGAGAGAAUGAGAGGUGAAGGCAGCUUCAGGGAGCCCGGGAGAAGCUGGUGGACGGAUGUUAGCUCAGGAAAAGUGCAUUCUUUUUCUGUCAGGGAUAGGAGUCACUCACAGAGCGACGAGAUUGUGGCCAAGCUCAAGCAAUUGUUGCUGAGAAUGAAAGAGGAGGGGUACGCAAGCGAUGUGAUCAACGUUCUAAAAGACAUACCCGAGGAAGAGAAAGAGGAUCACCUGUGCGGCCACAGUGAGAAGCUUGCGCUGGGGUGUGCUCUGGUGAACUCGCACCAGAAGGAGACCAUCAGAAUUGUGAAAAAUCUCCAAGUUUGUGACGGUUGCCAUGCGGCCACUGCUCUCAUCUCUAAGCUGGAAAAAAGGCUAAUCAUCUGCAAAGAUGCCAGUCGGGUUCAUGUGUUCCAGGAUGGCAGAUGUUCCUGUGACAACUACUUUUGAAAACAUGUCAGUGCUCUUUCUUGCAGUUA